CUCACUCCUCCCCCAAUCCCAGUCAAUGGGGCUGCUAUUCUCGAACCACCUCUGAAAUACCCGUCUGAACUGCACGUUAUUCCUUCCUAAACGAACCCUCUCUUGUCUCGUCGAAUCGGGCAGCUUCGGCGACUCCGCAAUCAUGGCAGCCGGACUCAAGACCAUCAUCGCGCUCUCGUUUGUGCUCGCGAUUGGCUUCCUACUCGUCAUUCUUUCCUCCGCUCUCUGGCACAAGUACUGGCCCCUGUUGGUCGUUGCCAUCUAUAUCGUUGCGCCGCUCCCCAAUUGGAUUUGUGGACGAUGUGCGAACCCGGAUGAUUUCAUGGACAGCUCGAGUAACUCAGCCAUGGACUUUGGGCGGUUCAUGACUGGGUUCCUGGUUUUGACUGGUAUUGCACUUCCCGCCGUUCUGGCUCACAGCGGAGCGAUCGAGAUUCCGGCUAUGAUCAUGUCCAUCUUGGGCGGUCUGUUGAUUUAUGGUACUAUCAUCAGCUUCACGAUGUUUUUCCAGGAGCAGGAAGAGUUCUGAUUGUCGAUGACUGGAUGAGAAUGCGGGUUGUGCCUAUAAUCUGUUUUUGUUAGGCUAUGGGGCUCGAUGAACAUCCAAAUUGCCUCCAUGAUGACCUUUCUUUGCGCGAUUAGUUUGACUUGUACGUAUCCCACGAUUUCAUUCGGAGUGGGGGAAUGAUUUUCUAGCGAAGAUUCGCCGCUUGCUGGCUUCAGCACGUCAUUGGCUAU